CUGACUCAGAUUUUAACAAUCAUGAUCUAGUUGAUGUUUUGCAAAACUUGUGUGCGGCAUUUUCAAACCAGUGUAUGCGCAUUGUUUGUUUUGGUAGCAUGAAAACUACGAAGGAAUUGGCCAGGGAACUUGGACUUUUGAGAAAACGGACACUCUCAUCAUCUGGAAGCAAUAAAUAUCCCAGUUCUUCAAGACAGCCAUUUGGAUACCUUAUAGUUCUGGACUUUGAAUCCACCUGUUGGAAGGAGAAAAAAUUCCAAACUCAAGAAAUAAUUGAGUUCCCAGCAGUGCUCUUAAACACGACCACAGGUGAUAUUGAGAGUGAAUUCCACUACUAUGUUCAGCCACAGGAACAGCCCAUACUAAGUGACUUUUGUCAUGAACUGACAGGCAUCACACAGGAACAAGUUGAUGAAGGAAUUCCUCUUAGACUGUGCUUGAAGAAAUUCUCCAAGUGGUUAGAAAGCCUAUGUAAAGACAAAGGGAUAACAUUUUCACCUGUUCUGGGCCAACAGUCUAGCUCAAAGGCAGCUACGUUUGUAACAUGGUCAGACUGGGACCUGGGUGUUUGUCUUUUCAAUGAAUGCAGAAGAAAGCAGCUGCUGAAGCCAUCACAACUGAACAGCUGGAUAGAUCUGAGAGCAACAUACAGGAAAUUUUACAACCGUCGACCGCAGGGAUUAAAUGGAGCUCUUCAGGACCUUGGUAUCACAUUUGAGGGGCGGGAACAUUCAGGGUUGCAUGAUUCCCGUAACACUGCCCGACUGGCCUGGAGAAUGACCAGGGAUGGAUGUAUACUGACCACCACUAAAACGCUACAGCUGAUAGGUGAGGCCAGUGGUAAGACAGAAUUACCUACAGCUGUGGACAGUAGUAGGACAAACCGUGGCAAUGGGGAGCACUAUAAUGCUGUCCACAAGACCAUCCCAACUGUCCAAGUCUUAAACAGUCCCAGCAGAAGUCCAUGUCACAAGAAGAGGAAAACCGAUACAUGUGUAUCACCCACUAAAAACCCUAGUCACAGUCGAGAUAUAGAUAAGUUGGUCUCUAGUCCAAGGAUUGCUCGCAGUAAAAUCCCUGUAAGGUCCCCAAAGUCUGGAGACAAUAGAAAGACUGCAACCACAACAAAACAAUCCAUAGUAGAUCAGAUUUAUAGAGAUCCUUCUCCUGAGGAAAUACCAACAGGAAACCUAUUACCAAGAGCAAGUGAUAAAAAACAGCUCACUAUGACGGGUCUUAGAACCAGGAAUAACAUUAUUCCUUGUAAUAAUCAACAACUGAACCACACAUCAACCAGAAAUAACACAGCACUCAAAACACCACAGGGCUUCAAGGCAAAUCCAAAUGUUCAGGGUAAUAUUUCUUUUAAGAACCCGUCAAAUUAUUCCUCAUUCAAAACUCCAAUCCAUGUUGACCACCCUCAGUCUAGGACAUCAUGCUGUUAUUUGGAUUCCUCCAAAAACUCAACAGGGCAAGAAAAUAUGACAUCAAUCUCUGGUGAUAUAACCCCAACCAAUUUCUCCACCAAAUUGUCAAAGGGCACAAUAAGCAGUAUGAAGGUAACACCACCUUUAUGUAGAUGUGGCAAACGAUCAAAGAGACGCAUGGCUCAAACGCCAGGGCCUAAUAUGGGCCGAUUCUUCUUCACUUGUGGAGCUGGAUCACGUCAAAAUAAUCCUCAGGACAAAAGGAAAGGCUGUGAUUAUUUUAAGUGGGAAUCAACACUUGGGAUAGAAACUAAUUCUAGAUACAACUGUUCCUUCCAAAGUAGCAGAUCAAAUACUAGCUUGCCGUUUAAGCAGGUCGGACAGAAAAGUAGAUUUUCACAACGGAAAAGUCUGGGUGUGAGAUCUGCCACAUUUAAAACACCAAUUAGGUAAUUCAGUUCAGGUAAGGAUGUAUGUAGACAUUUAGUAUACCUGUAAAAUUAGCAACCUGUUCAAACAAAAGAGUUUAUAAACUUGUGUAAAAUGUACAAUGCUUAAAAAUACUGUACCUUUAUCAGGUAUUUUAUUUUUCUUUAUCAUUUUGAUAAAAAAAAAAUACAAGAAAAUUAGAAUUUCUCAUAUCAAAGUCUUAAUGGUGUGUACUGGAAUCUAUUGGAAAUCCUACAAAAAGUAAUUUUGAUUGUCUUUUGACAUUUUUGUAAGUAAGAGCUUUUGUCAAUUUUUAACAAUGUUAAGUUGUGAAGUGUUUACAAUCGAGUGGUUUUUAUUGGCCUUGAAAUAAUUUAUAGAACUUGUAUUACUGUAUGAAGGAUAUAUAAUUCUAACUUGAUGGUGGAAUUUCCCACCAUAUUCUCUAAUAUGAAAAUAAUUUGUAUAAUUAUAAGCAUAAAAUUUUGAAAAAAAUGGAGAUUUGUAAUGACUCUUACUGCAUUACCAGUAGUUUAUUAGCUCACCUGCCGUG